AAUAAAAAAUAUGGCAACGUUUGAGAGAAAGUUACCAAAAUAUGAUCGCUUAGUGUGUACUACUAACACAGCGAUACCUAGCACGUGAAUGCUACACACUCAGUAACGCACGUGCGAACUACUCACGCUGUGUAUGAAAGCAUGAGUGGUUAGUCCUGCGAUCUGAGUAGGGGUUUAGCUAUCUCCAACACAGCGUCUGCUGUCUGUGUUCAGCGGUGAUAUUCGAGGAUAUGUGUUGUUGCUGUCACACCAAAGUGGAUUUCUGUUUUUCUUCAAAGAUCUGCGGAAUUUUCUGGAUUUAACACUGCUGUGUAGUGGGGCUGUGUGGUUAUGUGGGUAGACGACUAGAACUGUGAGGGUAGGGAACGACGUGUUACAAGUGACCAGUCAUCAGCAAGUCUCCCCCACCCUGGCGGUGAUCUAUAACACGGAGAUGAGAAGAACGGACCAAAAUCUGGCAGCCAUGUUUGUAUGACCGGUGCAUCUAACAGUGGAUUAACUAGAGUCAUCUUCAGCGCGGGACUUAUCCAAACAAGUCACAUCACGUGACUUAUUCAACUCAAAACACGUGACCUAACCAGGCCAGCUACAGAACGUGAGUAACCGCCUAGAAUAUUCUAGAAGAAACAAACCCCGCUGUUCAGGUGUGCCUAGGAUAUUGUCCUUUCAAUCACGCGAGUUAUUAAUAGCUACUGACACCUGGGGGGUCAGGGGGAGAUAACCAAGCUACUCCUGAUCGAUAUUAAUCAAUCCGAUCGCGUUAGGAAGAUGCAGACAGGUGUUUCUUAAGCCUUCGACUGGCCGAGUGUGAGCAGGCUACUCCAUGGAUCAACCUCUCUCAUAGCCUCUGCUCACACGAAGGUGAAAGGUCAAGCUCUAAGAAUGGAAGUCCUCUUGUGUUUGUUUACCUUUUCCAUGGUCCUGUACAAGAUGCCGGUCGCUGAGGCCAAGGUCAUGCCGGACCCGGCAGCCAAGCGCCUGUUCUACGAUCUGAUGACGGUCAGUGGAUACAAUGCUUUGAUCAGGCCGUCUGCUGGGCCGUCUAAAAAACUCACGGUCAAGUUGGGGUUACGUCUGUCUCAAGUCCUGGCAGUGGAUGAACGGAAUCAAAUCCUGAGAAUCAGCGUCUGGCUUCGGCAGGAGUGGUGUGACCUGAGGUUGAAGUGGGACCCCAACGACUACGGUGGUGUCAAGGUUCUCAACAUCCCAUCAGACCAGCUGUGGAAGCCUGACCUUGUCCUUUACAACAAUGCCGAUGGUGAUUUUCAAAUAACACUGAAGACAAAAGCCAUUGUGUACUACAGUGGGAAAAUUGUCUGGGAGCCCCCAGCCAUCUACAAGAGUUACUGUCCCAUUGAUGUAGAGUACUUUCCCUUUGACAUUCAGGAGUGUUUCCUGAAGAUCAGCUCUUGGACAUACCACGGCAACGAGCUUGACUUACAGCACUUGUGUGAUGGUAUUGUAAUUACCAACGAGGCCGACCCGGUGAAAUCAAACAUCAUCAUACCUCGUGGCAUCGACCUGACAGACUACUACUACAAUGUUGAGUGGGACAUCCUCAACGUCACUGCCAUGAAACGGGUCAAGUUCUACCCCUGCUGCAACGAGCCGUACCCAGACAUCACGUUCAACAUAACCUUACGGCGCCGCACACUCUUCUACACGCUCAAUCUCAUCAUGCCCUGUGUGUCCAUCUCCUGCCUCACAGUCCUGGUCUUCUACCUGCCAUCCGACUCCGGAGAGAAAAUCACUCUCUCCAUCUCCAUCCUGCUGGCGCUCACUGUGUUUUUCUUGCUACUCUCAGACAUGAACCCUCCGACUUCUCUAGUGAUUCCACUCAUUGGAAAGUACCUGCUUUUCAUUAUGAUUGUGGUGACUAUGUCCAUAACACUGACCGUCUAUACGUUGCAUAUUAAUUUUAAAUCUCCGACUACUCAUAAAAUGUCCCCUUGGGUUCGGAGAAUAUUCACGGAAAUUCUGCCCAGAGUUUUAUUUAUGAAAAGACCAGAAAUUCAGAAAAAAACAAAAGUUUCUGUGCGAACUGUGAAUGGGAUAGAGUUACGUGAGUCGCCAUCGCCAGGGCAUGAACCCUUGCACACAUAUGAAAAUAUUCAUACACGCAAUGAAUCUGCGGAGAGCGAGGGUCCAUCAUAUUAUCCCCCAGAGGUUUUGGAGGCAAUAAAAGGUGUGACAUUUAUUGCCAACCACUUGAAAAAAGGAGAUGAUGAUAUAGCAGAAGAAAGAGACUGGAAGUACAUAGCCAUGGUCAUGGAUCGCUUCUUUCUUUACAUCUUUACCACAGCCUGCUUUUGUGGAACUCUCAGCAUUUUCCUGUAUGCGCCUUCACUGUAUGACUCCAGAGAACACAUGCGUCUCAUCGACCCCAACAACACGUGUAUAUACUGAGGACAGGAUGAUUCAUUAUUUAUUCAAAGAUUUUCUCUUCAUGAUGUGCAUGGGUUAUGUAGUGAUAUCUAGAUCUAACCUCAUCACCAACUUUACAGUUCUCCAUAAGUCUGCCAGAAUCAUCAUAUGAUGAAUCAUAUACAAUCAUCCACUUGCCAGAAAUCUCAUCAACCUUAUACAAAACAAGACUCUACAAAAAAUCCCAUAGAUCAUAUAUUAUCCAACCCCCCAGCCAAAAUUUCAUAAAUUAUAUAUUAUCCAAACCCCUGCACAAAAUGUCAUGAAUCAUAAACAAACAUCUCUCUGACAUAUCCAACCCUCUACAAUAAAUCUCAUAGAUCAUAUAUUAUCCAAUUCCCUGCCCAAAACGUCAUGAAUUAUAUAAUCCAACCCUCUGCCCGACGGAGUGGUCUAGCAGUAGAGAGCUGGACUGCUAACCCGUAAGUCUCGAGUUCGAAUCCGGGUUUAAGUCAGUAGACCGUCCCUGAGUCCACCCAACUCUGAUGGGUACCUAACUCACAUUAGGGAAAGUAAAGGCCGGCUGGGUAUAGUGCUGAUCACACUAUCUUUUCAUAUGCCGAGGUCACAGAAACAAGUGAACUCUACUUCACUGGCCCUAUAGACCAUCAGGUUUGAAAAGGGAACUUUACUUUUGACCCUCUGCCCAAAAUGUCAUUAAUUAUAAACAAUCAUCUACCCGACAUAAAUAUCAUGCACAAUCCAAUCCCCCUCAAGAAAUGUCAUAAAUCAUACAAAUGUAUUGCCGUCAGCCUGCCAGGAAACUUCUAUCAUGGAUGAGUACAUGGUGAUAGUAUUUCAAGUGAUGAUUGCAACAGUUUUUUGUGAUAGCAUAGUACCAGUUGGUAAAUUUUCUUAUAACAGAUUUAGUCUUUGCCAUAUUUUUACAUUUUCAACUACAAAUCCUUUGGAAGGAAUUGUGAGGACUAUAAAUGUGCUAUAGAAAGUAUCAAGCCCCCAGCUCAAGUUCUAUGUUUGAAACCUUGUAUGCCAUUGGAUUAGAGAAUUCAUUUUCUUGUUCUGCCUGAGUUAAGGUUUUUUAAUAACCAAAUACUUGUUUUGGGUUUUGUUUUUAAAAUAUUUUUUACUCUAUUUCAAUUGUUGUAUAAGUUAGCUUGUAAAUAAAGAAUAUAGGUAGUUUUGGUUGUGAUGUAAGAGGGGGGCCCAAUGGGUUGGAGGGGGCCCAAUGGGUUUUUUGUCAACAUCCCAUUUGAUGCAAACUUUGCAGAUUUUAAUUUGGUCUCAAACAUUCCAACUCUUUUGUUCAAUUUAGAAUUAAAAUCUGUUGGACAUUGUUGUACAGUAGAUAUAUUUAACCAGCUUGAGUAUUUUGUAACCAAAAAAAAUAGUUUAUUCAUUUGAAUUUAAAAUAUUUAAUGAAUAACUACCUUUAAAAUUGCAAUGGCUGUCUGUAUCUGUUGAUUGAGCACUUUUUCUAUGAAUUCAAAUUUGUUUUAAGUACAAUCAAGCCUAUUGUUUGCCUACCUGAUUAUUUUGAUGUAUACAAAUAAAUAGGAAGGAAAAGUCAUAUUAUUCAAAUAACGAUUAAAAAGAACAAGAAGAUUAAUAGUCCAUGUAAUGAGUUAUUUUGUUCAAAAGUUUCAAACAAAAUGGCUUAAUUUUGUUGCUUUUGGGUUUUUACUUUCUCGUAUAUACGUAGUAUAGAGAAAGUAUUGUAAUCGUGCAAAAAAAAAAAAUCGAGAUUUUUACAAAUCUCGACGUUUUACACCUCACUGAUACGGAAAAACAUAAUUUUGCAAUCUUGUCCGUAUGUCUGUGUGUGUGUGUGUCUGUCUGUCUGUCUGUCUGUCCGUGUGUAAACACGAUAACUUAAGUACCGUUACAGCUAGGUUGAUGAAAUUUCAUAUAUAAGUAUUUUAUCAAAAUCGUAGAUCCGUAUCAACUUUUGAGCGAUUUCCGAUAACCGGAAGUGGUACUUUUCCUACUUUGAAUUUUUUAAAAG